AUGAUAUGCCGCUCUUCUUUUGUCGGUGAUUUUAUUGCGUCGACAUUGCCUUGCUUCCGCCCUUCUUUUGUCGGUACUGUUCUUGUGCCGAAACCGCCUUGCUUCCGCACCACUUUUAUGCCGACGUUGACCUGCGCAAACCCAUCGUCAGUACCGAGUCCACACACCCGCGACCUUAUUGAAAACCAGAUGAACAAAGAACAUGACAACAAGAUACACUUACUUCCUAAUCGCUAUCAUCAAGUUUUCGUUCCCCUUUUUUUUCCCACCAACAUAAAGAACAUUUGAACAAUCGAAGGUCAGAUGAGACUAGAACCGACAUGUGAUCAAUACUCAACCGCAUGUGCAGACCCGAAGAAAGAGCAAACGAGACGGCAGAAAAACGAUUCUCCCAGUGCUCUAGGGAGAAGUUCCUUCUGCACCAAACCAACUACUAUCUCUUUUCAGAUAACUCUUUAUUUAGAAUGCUUUCAAUACUGCCCGGAGCGAGACGGUAAUAA